AUGAAGCCGAAAUCACUGCCAGCCAUUCUCUUCCUCAUACGUACCGCCCUCGCAUCUCCGUACUUGGCUCGGGUCCGGUCGCAAGUUGGUGACGAUAAAGCUGAGCCAGGCUCAUCGGAAUUUUGGUCCAAGCUUCUGAUCAGCACGGCGCUCGUAUUGGCGGGAGGUGUCUUUGCAGGGCUUACCCUUGGCUUGAUGGGCCUUGACGAGCUCCAUCUCCGAGUACUCGCAACGUCUUCAGAGGAUUUGAAGGAGAGGAGCAAUGCGCAGAAAGUUUUGAAUCUUAUGCAGAAGGGGCGGCAUUGGGUUCUUGUGGUUUUAUUGUUAGGCAACGUCAUUAUCAACGAAAGUUUGCCUAUAUUCUUGGAUAGUGCGUUAGGUGGAGGUUUCGCUGCCGUCGCGAUAUCCACAACUGCUAUAGUCAUCUUUGGAGAAAUUAUUCCGCAAGCUGUCAGCGUACGCUAUGGCCUCUCCAUAGGUGCUAAAUGUGCGCCUCUUGUCCUUGCUUUAAUGUACACAUUUGCUCCGGUCGCUUGGCCCAUAGCAAAACUUCUUGAUGCUGUGCUGGGCGCAAACGAACAGCAUACUUAUAAAAAGGCAGAGUUGAAGUCUUUCCUUCAGUUUCAUCGUACAGGAGAGGAACCGCUGCGUGAUGACGAAAUUACUAUCUUGAACGGCGUUUUGGAGCUCAACACGAAAAAUGUCGAGACGAUUAUGACGCCCCUCAAGGAUACAGUGAUCCUCAGUGCGGAUACGAUUUUGGAUCACAAAGCUGUUGACGCGAUUUUGUUAAGCGGGUACUCACGCUUCCCAGUUCAUGAACCCGACAAUCCGCUCGCCUUCGUUGGCUUGCUUCUGGUAAAGAAGCUACUUACCUACGACCCAAGCAAAGCCUUGCCUGUUUCGUCUUUCCAGCUUUCCAUUUUGCCCGAGGCCUUACCGUCAAUAAACUGUUUCCAAGCCCUCGAUUAUUUCCAAACGGGCAGGGCCCACCUUCUAUUGAUUAGCCGGACUCCUGGCACAGCUGGUGGUGCCAUUGGCGUUAUCACUCUUGAAGAUAUCAUUGAGGAAAUUAUUUCAGAAGAAAUCGUCGAUGAAACAGAUCGUUAUGAGGAUAAUCAAAGUAAAAAACGUGCAAAGCGCGCAACGACUGCUGCUAUCAUGCGAGGCAUCGUCGAGCGGGAAAGACGGAACAACCCUUACACGACAGAGCGCACGCCCUUGAUCUCAGGUUCUCCCGAUGGAGGCUUAGGUAUUCCCGGCGCGAAGUAUGGGACACUUGAAGGUCUCGCUUUGAGCAGGUCGCCUUCGCAGUCAUGA